AUGGAUCUGGUUCUUUCUGCCCCAAAGACCAUCCUGCUCGCUGUGCAGCUCGCUGCCAAGGCCGAUAUUGACAGCUUGGCCUUCCUGGCAGAGCAGCAGAGCAACAUCCUGCACAAGGAAUUGCUGCUGCGCAUCCUACUUACUUACCUUCCAAAGUCCUUGGAGACCCUCAAAUAUGUCUCGUUCAUAGAAAAGAUCGAAUCCGGCGACUUCACCGACGUACAACCAGCUCAGCUUGACCUUUCAGCCGUCAACAAUCUCACAGAGGAGGAAGCUUCCCGCAGGGUGCGCAAGCUUCGCCUGCAACAGUUGACGUGGCCCAACUCGCCGGAACAGCUUGCAGAUGAUCCUACAUCUUUAUUUCUACUGCGGCGCGCCUAUGCAGUAGAUGAAGAGGCCGGCCUGCUCGAUCAACUGCCCGACCUUCUCGUGCCGUUCCUACAACGCUCCUCCUACAUUAGGCGAUGGCUCGUUUCUAGCCUCCUUCCUCUGCUUCGCCGCAAUGUCGAAUACCACCCCGAAAGCCCGCUAUCACAUACUAUUGCAACCUUUGAACAGUUGCCCGACCGAGAUGCGGUUACCCAGUUGCUCUCCCAAACCGGCAUGCACGAGCCUAACUAUCAGUUCACUGGACGAGAUUUAAAAGGAAUGAUAGGCCCUUGGUUGUUGGAAGAAUCGCGAUGGCCGAAUAGGGAUCCGACUACACCGCAAUCGUCCGUAGGCAAGAGCGACUUCUGCCCUGGAUGGGAGCAGGUUCUCCAGUGGCUCACGUACCAAGCUGCAAAAUCAUGGAAGGUCGCUGUCAGUGCCAUAGAGCAAUGGGACGGGCCUAGUGAACUGGACCUGGGCGGGUACGGGACCAUGUGGCUCGAGGACGCCGAGCAGGAAUACUUGGAGCGAAGAUACGCGCAGGCGGCGAUAGCAUGUGCGUAUCUCAUACCCGACACGUCUGACGAGGCGCUUAGUGGUGCACACAAUAUUGCUGUCAAGAUCAUGAGUCUUCUGGACCAAGAUCCCGCUCCGCCCUUGCACACAUCAGCUUCCUUGUUGUCACCGAUACCCGAACUCGAAGAGACCGAUUUGAUCUCGGUGCAGAACGCAAAACACCUUCGGAAUGAUCUUCUUAAGGACGACAACACUUUGACGUCACCAACCCCCCAAUCCCUUCAACUUCUCCAUGGCUUGGUAUUGAGUGCGUUUCUCAUAACAAGACUUGGUGUUCCUUGCACUGUGAGGAGGGCCGGCGAGCUCGUUCUGCUCCAGGACGAGCGUGAGCAGAGGUCUGCUGCUAUUCAACUCAUCAAGCAUAUCACACAUAACACACAGAAAACCGAUGACAAACAUUGGAUACAGAUGAGGAAUGAGAUAUUAUGGCUGCGCGACUGGGGUGCCGAAGAAAGAGCAGAAACCUCACAAUGUCUUGGUGUAUUUGGGCAAGUGAAGAAAGAGUAUCUAGAGGUCGAAUUUCUGAAAGCUCUUCUGGCAAACACUCGGUACACCCUUGCAAAGACGCUCUACGAAGACUCGACAGACGCUCCGCUGCCGAGCAAGGUUAUCCAGGAUACUGUAUAUGCGGCAGCACUCAAUGCUUACGACAAUGCGUCAAACCCGAACCGCACCAGGGGCGGCGUGAAAAAGUGCAAUGAUAUACUACACUCCUUCCCACGAACUGUAGAUCGGUCACUCGUAGCCACCCAGAGGAUAGAGGCAUUGCUGAAAGCAACACACACAUUGAGCAAUUAUCGCCUUGUGCUGAAGAAAGGCGAGCCGUUCACACCAGUCGUUCUGCGGGUGCACUCAGAUCCAAUCUCGAUCAUUGGGAAGGUCUUGGAACAGAAUGCCGGAAGCUAUACAAAGAUCCAGGAGUUCUUGGACUUGGGAGCCAACAUGGUCGAGGCCGGACUGACGGUCAAGGACCAGAGCGGUCAUUCUACCUUGACCGCUGAGCAGGAACCGGAGCAGCGCGUGAUCUCUGAACGGAGAGUCACCGCCAUGUGUGUCGAUGCAGCCCUUGAGGAAGACGACUUUGAGACGGCAUACUCAUACAUUGUGAAUCGCAUUGCCGAGUUGCCAUCGUCCACUCAGAGCAGCAGGUCCACACUGGCAAGCCACAUCCAAGAUGAGUGGUCGUGGAAAGCGGCAUUACAGGCCGGCAAGUACCGGCGGACGGAAAGGACUGUUCGGCCGACACAUCUUGGGACCACGAGUGGUAAUCCAGAGGUCCGGCACCUGGAGCAGCGUAUCGAAUGUCUUGCUACAGCAUUACGAAUUGCCCCGGCUGCGACUCUCCAGGAGAUACUUAAUUCAUAUCGUCGUUGCGAAGAGGAGCUCGACGCUGCCGCGAAAGCGGAGUCUGAGCAAGAGAAUGCAUGGGAUGACGCUGCCGAUCGUCAGGCGAUGCCUGGCACGUUCGGGACCAGUCCCGGCCCGGCUGGUGUGUUGACAGGACGCGCAGCAGCAGCAAGUGGCUCAUCAGGAGGCCGCCAACAGUUGCAUAAUGCCGAGGAGGCGCCUCUGUCGCUGUUCGACCUGUCUCGAGCGACAGCACGUCUGGCAUCGAGGAAUUUUGCUGCACUAUCCAGUCUGCAACAGUCAGGACAGACGAGAUCCGGAGAACAACCCGGCGCUUCUCACCAAGGAGGUCUUGCUUCUGGUGAUGACGACAGCGAGCACCACCAGCGGGUGAGGAAGAGAGAUCAGUUGCGGGAUGCUGCGAUGGGAACUCUGGUAUCGGGUGUGGGCUGGCUUGUCGGUGCUCAGCCUGCGGACAGAGGCCAGGAACGAGAAUAA